AUGGUAGUUAUUGAUGGUAGUUGGUCCUUAACAUCGCAGAAAAACACGAGAACGACAUUAGCAGAAUGAAGAAUCAACAAUUACAUUGUAAGUUGUUAUCAGGUUUGUUAGGUCUCACAAUUAUUCACCGAAGUGGAGAUGAAUGGUGCUGGAUACAUUCCAGUGUUUUUGGAUCGGACACACUUUAAUCAACGAAAAAAGGCAAUUCAAGUCAUGAAUUCUUUUCGCUUCUCAACAUAACAAAAGCUCAUCUGAGUAAAAAGAAAAAAACAAAACAAAUGAAGUACAAGUGUGUAAACAAAAGCAGAUGCUUUUGUGCUGUGUGCUGAUUUUGGGUGUGGAUGGAAAAUUGGUGACACAGAAUUACACACAACUGUGUACGCAUGUCACAAAGCAAACGAACAAACAAAAAAGGAAAGUAAACAACAAUCACGCUGUAAUAUUGUACUUAGUCUUUACUAUUUGAAAAAGCUCGGAGCACGGGAGGGGUUCACUGAAGUCAUAUUUCCGAAUAUAAAAUACAUCACAAUUGCCAUCAUAGGGUUGGAACAUCAGAACAUUGUAAGACACACGUUCAAACAUGUAGUUUUUAAGGCUUCAAAUCUCAGUACUGCUGUGUAUUGUUUCACUUUCAUUUGGCAACAAUAUUAAAAAUCCCAAUGAUUAUUCGAAAAAUGUCAACAGGUCUAACAAACCUUUUUCAGUUAUAGAUUUUGAAUUCAUAGUUCAUAAAAAAAUAACUGAUUUUCUAUAGAAAAAAACAUUCCGUAAAGGCAACGUCCUUAAAGGUCUUUAGUAUUAAGGUUAGUUACCGUUCACUCACUCAUUCGUUUGUUUAUUUAUUAACGGACGUUUUUAUUUCAUCUUCAUAGAUUUUUUCGUGGAUUAGACUAGAUGGAAGAUUAAGGCGGGCCACCAGUGGCAAAUACUACCAUCACCUGUUCUUGUUUUUGUUUAUUGCUGUUAUUAAACCUCUCUAAUAAAAAGAUAAUAUUUGCGUUUUCUUGAAGUUAUUGAAAAAGUUAUUAUUUUAGGCUUGAUUUAACAUAAAGUAUACUUAACGUAUACUUAACAACUCAUUACUUUGUGCGGCUUGUAGCGAAUUGGUUACUAUUCUUUUUGGCCUUUAUGUUUUGUUUUUCAAGUUCAGACCACCUCAUGUUCUCAAGGAAGUUUUCCUUUAAUUUGUAUUUUCUUAAAAUUAUGCAUACGUAUUCAAUUGGAUAGGCUGACAUUUAAAAGAAACAGUUUUCUGGGGUAACGUCACAUGAUCUGAAACAGGAAAACAUUUUAUUUUUAAUAUAAUUUAACGCUUUCAAAUAGCUGAGCUUGGCUACACCCAAGUCAUUGUUUGAAACUUCCCACAACAGGUAACAUUUGGGAAUCACCUCUCCACAACUGGAGGCCGGACGACUUGGUUUGUGUGUACAAAAGUUAAAAGAUUGAGGGUUGUACUUUUGAAUAUGUUUUGUUCUUCUAUUCAGCUUUGAUUCAGUGAAAUUGGAAAACAGUUACAUAAAUGAACUUAAAUUAAUGUAAAAAACUGAAAAGUAACAAAUAAAUAUUCAUUUUUGAGUAGGGAUGUUAAUGUUCACUGUAACAGCUUGACUUGCCCAUUAGACGGAUAAACUUUAACACUGAGAUCUCGCAGCAUUACAAACACAACUGUUAACGAACAUGCAACAUUCAACCUAAUUUCGCACGAGAUCGUUUAUUAUUCAUGCCAAUCAGAACUGUCAAUCACCAGCACGCUGAAAUAAAAUCUAAGCUCGAAGUAGAGACACAAAUGUCAAUGCCCUAUUACUCACCAACCCCCUCGGAACUUUUCAGGGAUAAUUUAUAACACUAGACAUGUGCCAUAUUGUUAAACAGCUUGUGGUUCAGUGUCAAGUGUAAUGAAGUCGUGAUUGAGAUGCGAAUGCCCUCUAACGUAACUUUGGCAUAGACACUAAAGGAGGUCGUCACUGCCAGACACUUUUUUACAGCCCUAAUGGUGGCCUAAUGGUUCGUCAAGCAUUUACGAUACCUAUCCGAAAUGACUAUUUGUAGAUGUAAAAGAAUCUACAAUUUGUAAAUGUAAAAGAAAGCACUUUCUCCUCUCUGAUUUAAAGACCGUGAACGUUGCUCCCGCCGGGAAUCCAACUUCAACCAGAGUAGUAACGAUUUGCUACUGAAACAUUGUUUUCAGUAAUUUUUAGAGAAAUUUUACUUAAGUUGGAAAGAGCACUAGAGGUUAUUGCAGUCAACUAACAACUUUACAGCUAUACCAUUACGUUGAGGGUAGGAUAGAGUAGUUUGAUAAGUUUUAUAAUGUCAGUGAAAUAUAUGUAGGGUUUUGGAUCCCAGAUGCAUAGUGAACUGUGUUCAACAUCUUCAUGCUGCUGCUGCUGGUGACGAUUAUUAAUACUAUGAGGAUCCUGGAACAUUGACAAUGUAGGCCCAUUGGAUGUGUUGGCCUUUUUGUCUCUUUUCCUUACAGCUAACGUGAUGAAUACCUUCCUUCUAUUUUUUCUCAAUAUUACUGAGUAACUAACAUUUAGACUCGAAAAGCCUUAUGUUUAUAAUUUCGUCUUACCAAGGAGCGAUGGUGGUUUCCUACCCUCAACGUAAUGGUAUAGCUGUAAAGUUGGUUAGUUGACUGCAAUAACCACUAGUCCUCUUUCCAACUUAAGUAACAUUUCUCUAAAAAUUACUGAAAAUAAUGUUUCAGUAGCAAAUUGUUAUGAUCACCUUAUUGGAAAGUUCUAUUAUAACGUUUCCAGCCCACAAGUUUGCGGCGCACAUGUUGACCUACACCUUCCAACGUCAUGACGUCAUUUAUUAGCGCGAAAAUAAAGGAAACAAUUAAAAAUGGGGUUUUAUCCAGACGUUUUGUCACGUCUCUUACCCUUGGUGAAACCUGGUACCCAUGAUGAGUUAAUUAUACUUACGAAAAAUGAAACGUUGAAACCAAAAUUCCCGAACGAUUGUUGAUCUUUGGUUUCCGUUUUUUCCGUUUUGCUCUGUUUUGGUUUUUUCCUCAGGAAACGUUUCUGCUAGACACAUAGUAUGAGUAUUGCACUCAUCAAUAACAUUCUUCGUAAUUUUAUCCGACAUAUCCUGUUUCCAUUGUCUCCAUGACAGCCGACUUUGUAGUUCUUUUCCAUAAAAGGACAUAAAUUAUUUUUUAUGGUUGCUAUUAAAUUGCAAGGCAGGUGGAUCGUACAAAACUCCAGUUUUUAGAAUCCUCAAUUAUUCAUUAAGCGAUAGCGACUUUUUGUUCGGUGUGAAAUUAACGGAGGUUAGUGCGGAAGGAGAUGUGUGCCAAAUAUCUGGAAAUUUUGUGCAUUUGCAAACAGUAUAUUUUACUCCACUGAGAUGUAUGUCUCACUUUUAAAGCUUUGCAUAUGGAUCUUGACUGCGAUUGUUUUGGAUAUUUUCCCCACAGUUUUAGGUAAGACUUCCUUUUGUUGUGAUUGUCAUUUAAGAUAAUAAGCCAGGUCUAUAAAGUAUUAUUUACUUUUGAAAUGGAUGUCAUUCAAGAUUAUCAAACUAGAGAGAGAUGAAAGUCUUUAAAACUGCUAGUUUUCUUUCAUCAAAAUUAGAUGCUUGUAACGAGAAUGUGAUUUGAUCGAGUAAGAACUGCUAUAAGUCAGAAUGAAAUUCUGUCAGUGUUAAUUAUAGAAUUUCCAUUUUUAUAUGAUCUGCUUUCUUUUGAUGAGAGACGUCCCAGCAUUUACAUUGGUUUGAUGUCUUCAGUUUGUUCAAGUCAUUCUAACUUCGUAAAGAAUUUAAAAGCACCUUCAGAUGGACGUCUCCUUGUUAAGUAGUAGUUUUAGGUAAAAUAUCCAGGCUUUUUUGGAACCCCACCAGUUUAUCAAUGUCCUUAUUACUAUUACUACACAUUUUGGCAAAUAUAUAAGUGGGAUAUGUGUAAUACGGGUACAAAAUGAUCUCAGGUAAAAUUAUUUACUAACUUUUUUUUAAUAGUUUCCACUUAUUUUUGCCAUUUCUUGUUAUGGAAUCCAACGUUAAUAACGUUUCUCAUCAAUAAAAAAUAUUUAAGCAAUAGUGGGCUGGUGAUUUACAAGCUUUUCGUGUGUUCUCCCAUUACAUCCCAUGUGGGUUAUCACGCUGGAAAACCCAUAGAAAGUGUGGUCUAUUACUUUUAUAAAAUAACUUAAAGUUUUCUAUGACUUUACCGGCAAAAUAAACAAUAGGCUUCUAACCAAUCAGAACGCGCAUAUUAUCUUAGUUUUAUAAAUCUGACAGGAUGAACAAUGUUCCAAAACCCUCAUUGUAAUCCGUUAUAAUCAUCAAUUUUGCCCAUCCCUAUAUUCCUUUCCGUUUUAGGAGGUUAUUUAUAUGUUUCAUUCGGUUCUGGUGGCUAGUUUAGAGUGACUGGAUUUGGCUAAGUUGCGUGACAUACGAUAGUUCCCACAUGUUGUUUUUCACCUCUUCUCCUCCUAUGACAAACGUCUUAACAUACACUCCAGAUUUUGUGGAACCUCUAAAGUGAAAAAGGUUUAUGCCAAAUUAAAACUGUCAGAACUUUCUUUGUGAAAUUUUAGCAGAGCAUCCUAAUUUAAAGUAACCAUCUCAUACGUUACGGUAUAUAUCUUAUUAUCAAUCACUCAAAUUAAUUCGCCUGCUAACUUUUCAUUUCGACAUCUAUAUCUUACAUUUGGAAAUGACACCUGGAAAAUCUUGAUACUUUACCCAACCAGAAUAAUGUGUUAACUUGAUAUUUGCUCCAUUUUUAAUAGGGGCAAGUAGAACUUCCUUUGUGAUAAACAGGGCAUCAUUUUCCCAAAAGCCUUCUUGGUUUUCUACGACACUGAUUGCCUCACACAGUCAUCAAGUAGACACAGGCAAGCUGACCAACUUCACUUCUCGUUGGUAUUUAAAUCCGAAUAAUUAUCAGACUAUUUAUAUCUCUAGUCAAAGUCCCCUUCUAUCAGUGGAUGGUACAACAGAUCACAUGAUUUCAACUAUGUCAAGGGAUGGGAAGUCUACAGAGAAGAAACAAGAUACAAACACCGCCUUUUCAAAUUAUUCUGUUACAACGAGACAAACAUUGGUUGCAGAGAUUGAAGUAUCAGCAAAAUUAACAAAAAUUCUAGCGGCAACGACAGCAACGAGAACAGGAGUAUCAAACCCUCCAAUAAGAGCAGCAGUAGUAGCAACAAAGGAAACAGCCGUAGCAGUAGUGACAACGACAAAAGCAUCGGGAAAACUAACAAUAAAAUUAGGAACAAUAACAACAACAGGUACAAUGGGAGUAACAGCCUCGCCAAAAACGGCAGAAACAACAACAGCAUUGAUGGAAAUAGCCGCCACACCAAUAGCAACAGCAACAACAACAACAGCAGCAGCAACAAUGGUAGUAGCAGCCACAACUAAAGCAGCGGCAACAAGAACAGCGUUAGCAACAAAAACAAGAAAUUUAGCAGUAUUGACAGCAACAACAGACAAGGCAGAAGAAAAACAAAAAACAACUAUAGAAGAAGCAGUACUAGCAACAAAAACAACGACUACAAUAACAACAGAAGCUACAAAGUUUGCUACUUCUGUUGUUACAGCGGCAGCAGCAGCAUCAACAACAACUACGACAGUUACACCAAAAACAACAGCGGUAAUGGCAACACAACCAACGAUAAAGAACAUAGUUGCGAAAACAUCUGAAGCAGCGGCAACAACAACGACAGAAUUUGCUGCUUUUGCAGAAACAGGAACAGCAGUGGCAAUUACCACAAAAGGAGCAGCAGCAACAACAACAGUAGCAGCAAAAGCAACAAUACAGGCGGCAUCGACAGAAACAGCAAUAACGGUGAUAACAAAAGGAAGGAUGAUGGCAGAAGGAACAGUCCCUGAAUUAACAACAAAAACCUCUUCAAAGGAAGUAACAUCAGGAACUGUAGCCGCUUUACUGACAGUGGUUACAGCAGUGUCAACAGCAACGGCAGCAACAAUCACAAAAGCAGAGCCUCCGGAGACAACAACAACAUCAACAGAAGCAACAGCAGCAACAACAACGACGACAGACGCAACAACAUCAACACUAACAGAACAAACAGCAUUAGCAUCGCAAAAGGUGGCGACAACAGCAAUUACAACACCAGUAGAAGUGACAAUAGCUACACCAUCAAUAACAACAUCAGCAGAAGCAAACACAGUAACAGUAAUUACAUUAACAGUGACAGCAACAACAAAACCAGCAGUGACAGUAACAACAAAAGUAAUAACGAGAAAAAUAUCAAAUGCAAUAAUAACAAUACGAGCAGAGACAACUGAAGUAGCGACAGCAACAUCACCAGCAGACUCAACGACGUCAGCAUCGACAACAGCAGAAACAACAACAACAGCAGAAGUAAUAAUAGCCACAACAUCAACAACAACACCACAGGAAGCAACAACAGCAACAGCAAAAACACUUCCAGCACAAGAAACAACAUUGGCAUCGAAAAAAGCUGCGACAACAACAAAAGCAUCAAUUACAACACCAGUAGAAGUGACAAUAGCCACCCCAUCAAUGACAACAUCAACAAAAGUAAACAAAGCAACAGUAAUAACAACUGUAGCAAUAUCCACGAUAACGAAACCAACACCAGCAGUAACAACAGUGGUAACCAGACCAAAAGCAUCGAAAACAAACCCAACGGAGGGAACAAUAACAACAGCAAAAGACCCAAAUGCAAUAGCGACAGCAAAAACGACAGGAGUAACAACAAUAGCAUCAGUAACAACACCAGCAGAAGUUAUAAAACCUACACCAUCAUCAACAGCAGCAACAGCAACACCACCACCACAAAAAACAGCAUCAAUAUCAACGCCUGUAGAAGUGAUGACUGCUACACCAUCAAUAACAACAUCAGCAGGGGCAGACACUGCAACAGUAUUGAUAACAACAGUGGCACGAACAACAACAACGAAACCAACACCAGUUGGAGCAAUAACAACAAAAGUAAUAGCGAAAGCAAAAGCAACUAUAACAAGCCGAGAGGAAGCAGCAGCAGUCGCAACUACAAUGGCAACAGCAACGUCAACAGUAGACACAACAACAUCAGCAACGACAACAGCAGAAACAAAAGCAACAGUAUCAAUAACAACACAAGCAGAAGCAACAACUGUAUGGACAACAAUAACAGCAGAAACAACAACUGUAUCAACCGAAAUACCAUCAGAAGCAACAACGGUGUCAACAACAGCAGCAGAAGCAAGAACAACAGCAUCAACAACACCAACAACAAAAGCAACAACUGCAUCAACAUCAAUAACAACACCAGCAAAAGUGACAAUAGCAACAGUAUCACCAUCAAUAACAACACCAGCAGAAGUGAUAAUAGCAACAGCACCAAUAACAACACAAGCAGAAACAACAACUUUAUCAACAACACCAGCAGAAGCAACAACUGCAUCAACAACAACACCAGCCGAAGCAACAACUGUAUCAACAACAAUGCCAGCGGAAGCAACAACUUUAUUAACAACAACACCAGCAGAAGCAACAACUAUAUCAACAACAAGACCAACAGAAGAAACAACUACAUCAACAACAAUAACAGCAGAAACAACUGUAUCAACAGAAAUACCAUCAGAAGCAACAUCAGUGUCAUCAACACCAGCAGAAGCAAGAACAACAGCAUCAACAACACCAACAACAAAAGCAACAACGGCAUCAACAAAAACACCAGCAAAAGCAUCAACUGCAUCGACAACAAUACCAGCAGAAGCAACAACUUUAUCAACAACAACAACAGCAGAAGCAACAACUGUAUCGACAACAAUACCACCAGAAGCAACAACGGCAUCAACAACAAUAACAGCAGAAGCAACGACAGCAUCAACAACAACACCAGCAGAAGCAACAACUGUAUCGACAACAAUACCAGCAGAAGCAACAACGGCAUCAACAACAACACCGACAGAAGCAACAACUACAUCAAAAACAAUACCAAAAGAAACAACAACUGCAUCAACAACAAUAACAGCAGAAGCAACAACGGCAUCAACAACAACACCGGCAGAAGCAACAACUACAUCAAAAACAAUACCAAAAGAAACAACAACUGCAUCAACAACAAUACCAGUAGAAGCAACAACUUUAUCAACAACAACACCAGUAAAAACAACAAUUUCAUCAACAACAACACUAGUAGAAGCAUCAACUGCAUCGACAACAACACCGGCAGAAGCAACAACUGCAUCAACAACAAUAACAGCAGAAGCAACAACAGCAUCAACAACAACACCAGCAGAAACAACAAAAGCAUCAACAAUAAUAAUAGCAGGAACAACGAUAGCAUCAACAACGAUAGCAUCAACAACAAUACCACCAGCAGAAGCAACAACUGUAUCAACAUCUGAUUUAAUAUCAAUCCCAGUAGAAGCAAUACCCACAACAGCCACAAUAGCGAUACCAGCAGAAGCAACAACAACGUCAGUAACAGCAUCAAUACCGACGCCAACAGAAGCAGCAACUGAAUCAAUUACUACCCCGCCAGAGGCAACGACAGCGACAGUAUCGACAACACCAGUAACAGCAACAACUGCAUUACGAACACCCCCAAGAGAAAUCAUAAAUACACCAUCAACAACACGAGCAGAAGCAUUAACACUAACAGAAACAACAAUGACAAAACCAAAAACGACAACCCUAGGGGAAGCAAAAACAGAGGUACCUGUACAGCUUUCAAAAACAACGGUGCAAGUGAUAGGGAACAUUGCAAAAACCAAGCAAAGGACUAUCACGUGCGUUUUCAAAGAUGUCAUGUUCUGUAACACUCGUACACAUACGCCUCCACCAACGACGGAUUCAAAGGAACAUUAUCAAAUGUUAUCAAGUGAGUUAAUUUAACUUAUACUUGGCUUACAGCGGGAACUACAUAAAUAAGUGCUGUUAUAGAAUAAAGACCGUUCUUAGCUUAUUCGUGCCAAAUCUGUUCCAGAUCAAUUUGAAAAAAAAAACAAUAACACCACUUUACGGGCAAUGGUAAUUGUUUUUACGAAAUUAGAUCAAAAGAUAUCCUCAGUAAUGUCACUUUUACGGGACACUUAACCUGAUGCCCUAAUUAAUGGGUGUGGGAGUCAGUCAUCUUCUUGAGUACCACACACUGUGACAUAUGACUUUAUUCAUUAUUCGCGAUUGAUGCGAUUUUCAUCUCCUAUUUUCUUAAAAAACUUGUAAAUCUCUUUCUCGUCCGUUCCUUGUUAAUUUUAUUUUAAGUCGACAUUGAGUCCCAUUUACAUGUACUUUCGGCAUAGUAAAAGAUUGUUUUAACAUUCACUUAAAGAAUUUGGCGAAGACUAUUCCACAAAAAAACAAGUCUUUUUGUUAAAGUUACUCGCACUGAUAGGCAGGUGCGUUAUGCACAAUGCAACGAUGAGUGUCGAAAUUUUUUGUUAAGAUUGUCAAUUAUUUAUUGAUGGAUUUGUCCGGUGAAGGCCUCAACGAAGACAGCGUUACAAAUCAACACAAAGGAUAUCUUUGGAAGGAUAUAAAAUCAUUCAUUAUGAAAAUGAGACGAUAGCUUGUAGCCCGAUGUAUUUCUCUUGGAUUUUCCCUUCUAUUGUCUGGGGAAUUAUCCCCACAGUUAUAGGUACGUCGUCUUUCCAUUCGUUUGUUGUGACUCGUUGCGUUGCGAUUCAAUAAGCUUUGAAACCCCAUGCCUAACUCUGCUGACGCGCUGAGGAAAAAAAAUUAACUUGAAACAACUUGUCAUUUUCUUCAAUAUUUGAUCUGUACCCAAACAUUUAAAGGGCAAAUAAUAUAGAGUGCUUAAGUUAAUAAGUUAAGCGAAAAAUACAAUCUUUAUGAAUGUUAAAUAAUGCUAGGUUUGAAAGCAUUAUUUUGUGAUUGAAAACAUUCAUAUUUCUAUCGUCGAUGAUCUCAUAUCUCCACUUCUGCUUUGCUUUUAAUUCUUAAGAAAAUAAUUUCUCAUCACCACUAUGGCAACUUUUGUGACAUGAACUUUCCUCUCAUUUCCUCUGAUUAUCAUAAUACCUCGGCGAAAGUCGAAAAUUUUUAGUUAAUCGUUUAUUUUUAAAUUAACUGAAUAAUAAACAAUAAAUACAAGAGAUGACCAUAGUUUCUCUCUUGAGAAGUUUCUAGUGAAACUUUAAGAUGUUUGUAAACUACAAUAAGAACAGAAGAGACAUAUCUUGUUGUUUCACAAUGCAAAACAAACUAGUUUUAAACGAUAUCAGACUGGCAAUUCAAGAGCAACUGGAGAAGGUGCAGGGAAAUAAGUGGUCAAGAAUAGAACCAAUCACAUUUUACAAUCUUUAGAUAAAACGAAGGCAGGUUUAUAUGAACUAUUGCUAGCAGCUCUUGAAAGCUCGUGAUGUUAUUCGUUCCCUGUAGCACUAAGCCCCAUUGCUUUAAUGACCUUAAGACCAUUUUAAGGCUCACUCGAACAAAAAAGGUGUGUAAUCUUGAAAGAGCUAGGGUCAUCACAUACACAAGUGUAAAUGAAAGUGAAUUCUUCCUCUCAAUAAUAUACAAGAGUGAAUAACUCCUUACCUCGUUUCGACAGGUAUCACUACAAGUUUUUCUGUUACAAACGGGUCAUCGGCUGUCAACGAGUCUGCAAAGUUGACUAUUUCGCUUACAUCUAUCAGGACUGUAGCAACAUUACCAACGGAGUUAUCUUUCAGUGGCAAGUCAAACUCGGGCCAUUUCUUACUGACUGCUACAACUACGAAUCGUGUUGCAGGACAAAGCUCUGAGGUAAGCAAAGGCGUAAAGAAUGUUGGACUAUCCCAUAACACCACAGUUUUUUUAUCACGUACGGUACAGAGGGUCUCUUCUACCAUGACGUCGAAAACAAGCGCCUCAGUAACAAGUGUUGGAAUUUCAUUUAGCGCUACAAAUUUGGUAUUGUUCACACCACUUGCGCCAAGUAAAAUGUUUUCGCACUUGACCACUUCGCCUGCAUUUAUCAGGAUUGAAGCAACAUUAUCAUCGGGUUCAUCCCUUAGUGGUAGGCCAAACUCGGACCAACCGUUACUGGCUGCUACAACUUCGACCCGUGUUGCAGGACAAAGCCCUGACGUAAGACGAAGUGAAAAGAAUGUUGCACCAUCUCACAAUAACACCACAGUGUUGUUGUCACGCACCAUACAAAUGCUCCCUUCAACCAUGACUUCACAAACAGAUGUUUCAGUUACAAGUGUUAACAUUUCAUAUGGCACUACAACUUUGGCAUUGUCUACACCACUUGCUCGAAGUAAAACGUUUUCGCUACUCAGUUUUUCGUCAGCAGAAUUUCCUGAAGGAACAGCUUUUUCUCCUGACCUUUACACCUCAAGAAAAAAGGUUACUUUAACUUAUAACAGCACAAUUAUGGUAUCUCGGGUACCUACGCCAAGGAUUGUUAAAACAAUUAGCUCGUUCGAGAGAUCAAGUUCUGCAGCUUUCUCUGUAGUUGACGACAUCUCCAAAACUAGAGCAAUUUGGGGUUUGCUUUCGUCCCUUUUCGAAAACAAAAUUUCGAUGGCUAAAGAGAGGCUGCCUUCUUCCAUAAAUAGUGAUGUCCUAACAACGACUAAAAGGGCAACUACUAACAAUACUAUAGGCACAUCCUAUCCUUUUGAUCACAGUUCAUCCAUGACAGACGUAAUUCGGUCUUCAACUACUUUCAGACUUUCGGCCUUUUUCUCAGGAAUCGAUACUGCAAGUGGUUUCCUUUUCCACAACAGGACAGUGCAACAGUCAUCUUUGUUCAUGAUCCAAAGCAGGACGAUCUCUCUUCAGGUAAUGGCUGAUUCUGAAAACAUUAUAUCUGAAAGAACAAGUUUUGCAAGCUCUCAUAGUAGCGAGAUACUUGAAAGAUCUGUGCUUCUGGUCCAAAGUACAUCAACUUUGAAUACCAUUACUUCACUUCACCCACUUUACAAAUCUACAGGAAAUUACGCGGAUGUUUACGCCUUCUCGAGGAUCUUUGUUAGCAGCUUCAAGUCGAUUUUGCCCACAACCAAAUUGAAACCCUUUACGACAUCUCCAAUAGACGUUUCUUCAGAGUUCAAUUUCCCAAGGACGACUAUCUCUCGUUCUCAGGCCGUUACAGGUACCUUAGUUUCACCCGUGAAAACCCCCUACAUUGAAACAUCCAGAAUACUCCUGAGCUCUUCUUUCAAGACUUUCGAAGCAACCAUCGUUGCCACAGACCUGAGUGCUCCGAGAACAAGUACUUCGGCUUCUCGAAAUUUCACAAGGACGUUCUCGACGUCACCUUUCUUGCAGAAUGAGACAAUCACGUCGAGAACGGUCGUCUCCUCCACGAUUUCCAAAUGGAAACGUUCUACGGGUUGGUUCACUUCAAGCAGACGUCGAGAAAAUAGCUUUUCUCAUGUUUCUGCAAGUGUUUUUGAAUACUCCUCAAGAAGACAAUCGACCACCACAUAUGCGUCUCAUAUAAUUUCAUCAACAAUUCAGCCAGUAAGUGAACGGACUUUUACGCCACAUAUAACAAUUGUAUCAACCAGACGCACCCUUUCCAAGGACUCAUCCAGCCAAUCUUUGUGGAUCACAUCGGAAACUUCCCAAUGGGCGAUCUCACCUACGUCUAUCCUUGUAAGUCCUUCCAGUAUUUACUACACCGUACAGACCAAAUUUACUCCACCGUUUAAGAGAGAAUUAUACCGUGAAAGUGCAAGUCAGACCAGACCAUUUAAAAUAUCAUCAGUAGUUAAAAGUAAUAACGUAAACUCCAUAACUUCGUCGGGCUUGCGAACAUUUCUUCCUUUCCUUACAACCAGCAACGAUUUUUCUAGGUCAACUGACCCUCCUCACCAGGCGAUUACAUUCCUCAGCUCAGCGGUUAAAAACACCUUAAGCUUAAGAACGUUUCCUUCCGUAAAUAAAACAAGCAGUCGCGUAAAACAACAAACAUCGGUGGGGUCAUCUUUAAAACACAAGACUGCAAACACACUCUCUGUGCAGAACUUCUAUGGUCACACUGACGACUCAUCUCGGGAAUUUUUUAACGGACAAAUUAUAGCCAGUGGCACCUUAAAUAUUGAUGACACUAUUCGUAUGCCUACGUUGAAGCUUACCACGGUGGAAAGCUCUCAACUACUAUCGACAUAUCCAAGUCGCGUGAGGAAAAGCUUAACAUCUUUAGCGUCGUCUUCAACAGGGAAAAUUUCCUUAGAGUCCAUAAUUCCAAGUACAACCACACCUCGUGAAGCACUCAGUUUUACCCUGAAAACGAAAAACACCUUAAAACGUACCAGUCAAACGUCGACGGAAGCGCUUUGCACCCAGUUGUCUACAAUGUUAACUACUUUAAUGCCUUCCUUAACUCUCCAGACGGCGAGAGUGUCUAUGGUGACACGGAAGACUGUGUCUAGCAUCCCAUUCAUGGAUAGCUGGACAAUAAGAACUGUCGUUAGCGCAAGCCCCUCAACAGGCUACACCUUGAAAUCGUCGAGCACUGCACCAGCUACUACUCAAAGUCCUCUACAGUUUUUCCCCAAUUUUUCUAACGAUUCUAGACCUAAUUUCCCAUCGUCGUCUCCUCUGUUAGAGAUGUCAUCAUCACAAGUUAACGUAUGGCCAACUUCAGCUUUAAGGAUUUCUCAGAAGAAUGAUCAAAUGACAACAAUGAGAACAAUAGAAAAUCAAGCCUUCCCAAGAAGCUUGUAUUCAAGAGAGACAUCUGCUUUGUCUGGUUCAGUUGCCACAGAACGUUUUACGUUUUCCGUCAAAUCUAAAAGCCAAUGGACGCAAUCCGCUACGGAACUACUUGUACCUACUUCCUCUGGUAAAAUAUCAAGCACAAUUCUUGAUAUGUCUAAAUCUUUUACAACAUCUUCCCAUCCCAUCUCGUCAUCAGUUUCUGUUUUCUUUCAAACUGGACCACCACCCGAGGAUCCAAAGCAAUUUGAAGGAACCAUGGUGUUACAGAUGCUUUGGAAUUUACGAUAUCUAAAAACAUACACCCCAGAAUACCAGGCUCUUGCCUCUACAAUUAAGAGGGAAAUCAGUAAGGCGUUUACGAACCUUGAAGGAUUUCUAUCUGUGCAAGUUCUACGCUUCUGGGAGAGUAGCGUUGGAGUUGACUUUCUGGUGUUUGUAAGGAAAAAUGCCAACAUUGACGAGAAUACCGUAGAGAGGAUGCUUACAGAGGCCAACAACACGGGGGUAUUGAAUGUACCUAUAACAAGCCUGCAGGUUAACGAAAGAAGAGCUACAACUACUGCUUCGGUACCCACUCCUGUAUCAUCUAAGUCUCUGGAGCAGUGGGUGCUUGUUCUCAUUGUUGCUGGUAUUUUAGUGUUCCUACUAUUGCUGAUUAUCUGUAUUUUAGCGGUAAGUAAAAUUGUUUUUCCAAUAAUUCCCUUAAACUCUGCUAUUCUAUUGUUUUCCUGUUAUUUGUUUUAAGUAUUAGUAACAAGGGUUGAAAAAGAAGUGAGUGACUGCAAUUUUUGCCAAUUCCAACGCUAAACAAGUUUUGAAAAGAAACACCCGUAGGAAAGCCGAAAACGGAGUGUGGAUGGGAAAAAUUUGAGACGAUAAACUCGGUUUACGUUUGAGUGACUUCUGAAGUACUUUCGACCAGCCUCAUUUUGUUCAAAAAUUUGUACGAAAGUGUUAUAAUACUGUAUUUAUAAUGCUUGUUUUGCGGCCUUGAUGUUGUUAGUUAAAGGCCUUAGAUUUACCGGCUGUAAGUUUGGGGAUUGUAGUAACUGUAAAAAGAAAUUUAACCAAAUUUUCCAAUUUGUUGUUGAGUGCGUUUAAUGGUUUUUGUUGUCUUUUAGGGAAAUAACCAUUUUAUUUGGCGGCCAUUGAUAGGUUGGGCAAGUACAAUUGCAACCGAAUUUGAAACUAAUCCGACUUCUUUUUUAUUCAGGUCAAAUUGGCCAGGCGAAGUGGCGGAUUUAAGCGAAGCAAGAAGUACGAGCUUUCGAGAUGGAGUAAUUACAUUCACACCGAGUAUCCUGACUCCGCUGCCAGAUCCAAAACAAACUUGCCGGUGAUAUUAAGUAUGGAAGAGAAACGACAGUACGUCAAAGACGAUUCAUAUGAAGAACUUACUACAUACAACAUAACAGAAAGCAAAAGCGACGAAAGCCUAACACGCGAAGCUUUCAGAACGAAAUUACGAGAAACUAGCUUCAACGGCAAUCCUGAGUUCAGAUAUACAAACCAGGAGUCCAGAAUAUCGCCAUCAGAGGUUGCAGUGAAGGUAUUCCUAUAUCAAUAAGACAAGAUGCAUGCACCUCCCCAUUUCCAGCUAGCCAAUAUUCAUUCUUAACUAAUCAUUGCCAACGAUCUAGGCUGACAUUGCAAAAUUAACAAAUAAUUCAAAACUGAUCAAUAUUGAUUUAGUGGUAGCACAACAACAAAGUUGGUUCUUCGCCCAUCAUUCCCCAAAGGAACGGAAUUUGGAAAUGUUUUGUUAUUGAGGAGGGGGAAAAUCGGAGUACCCGGAGAACACCAUCUUAGAGCAAGGGAGAGAACCAAUAACGAAGUCAACCCAAAUAUGGCGUCCCAUCCGAGAUUUGGUAAGAAAUGAGUGAAAGGCGAGUGUUCUGACUAGUGCACUUCCCUUGUUCUCCCCGCUUUUCCUUUUUUAAAGUAUGUGAAUAAAAACAUAACUUUUCUAUUUUAUCUCCAGGGCUCACAGAGAAGUGUUUCAACCAAAGAAUAUCCUGCUCAGUGGAACAAAGGCUGUGAUGAUGUAGUGAAACUAUAA